AUGUCUUGGUCAGACGACCGUGCCGUGGACGCUGUCCACUGGCAGAUCCUCAAAAACCAUCUGAAACCUAACGUCUGGCCCACGUCAAGGGAGAUGUUGAAAUACAAGCAAGAACUCGAUACUUCCAGACACGCGGAUCUGAAUCAACUUGCCAGUUCGAUACAAGAAAUGAAAAAAAAACUAUCCUAUUUGAAAAAGACUGCGUUAGACGUGAAUAAAAUCAAAACAGUAGGGUUUGAAAAUUUUCGAAAUGAUAUUAAGACAUUUGAAUCGAAGCUGUCAAAAUUAAAAGAAGGAUGCUCAAAAAAAUUACGAGAAGAGCGACUUAAGCAAUCCUCGCUGUUUGAAGAAAUCGAAAGGGUAAAGCAAUUAGCACUUCAUGAUGUCGUUUCAAAGCCACACGCCGAUGCUAUUAGUAAAAAAAAGAAGGAAAUAAAAACCAUAAAAAGAGUUCCAAUUUCGAAAAAUACAUACUCCUCAAAAGAAAUUGCAGAUUUCCAUGAUUUCUGUGCACGAAACUAUGGUCUUACCGGAGGUUGGUCUAGCAAAGAUCAUGAAACAUUUUUAAAGAUCCGUUCCAAACAUGUCGACGGUGCUGAUUUCGUUGAUCAUGUUGUACAAUCAAUGCCACAUAUAUCAGAGGAUGCUGCACGUGAACAUGAAAACUGGUUCGUAAAAUUUGAAGAACUUAAAAAUAAACAAAAAGAAGCAAUAACGAAGUGGAAAAAGGAAAAGAAAAAUGUUUUUUUGCCUGACUGCAAUGCAAAUAAUUGUGACAUGCUAAGAAAAUGUGCAGAUAACGAUCCUGAAAUAACGGGGAAAUUGUCCAGUGAUAAUUAUUUAGAAAAACAAAUAAAAGAAAAUCACGAUAUCAAUAAAUCUCAAACUGAACUCAUUGAAUCGAAAAAACUCGAUAACUGUGGUACUAUUAUGCUAAAGCGUUUCAGGGAAAAAGAUAAAAAAUAUACAGAGUCUAAAAAAACAAAUAAACAACGACUGGAGUGUCAACGUAAAUCGGACCCAAUUACAAUAGUUACUUUGCACGGUAAUUCAGAAAAAUAUGAUGAAAUUGAAUCACUAGAAAAACUUCCAAAUGUACACUUAAGCAUUUACGGUGCACAUAACCAAGAUGUGUAUGUAUUUGAGGAAUAUGCUAUAUACUUAUAA